ACACACACUCACUCACACACACACAAACAACAGUGAUAAUAAAAACAACACUCGCCGAUAAGUGGACUGGUGCUGAGGAAGAGGGCUGAAGUAAAAUAACGGGGUAAAAAAUAUCGGUGACUGUUUCUGUUUUCAGGGAUUUAGGUGGUAGCUUCGAGUGAUCAUUUCUUUUUUUAAAUGAAUUUAAAACUCAGGAAACAAUGAAGACAUAGCGAGCCAAAACUCAUCAAGUGUUCUCGAGGUUGUUAGCAAUCCCGCUAGCUUGGCUACAUAGUAGCAAGUGAGUGUGGUGAAGCUAGCGCCUGCCAGUGCAGCCAAAUUAAGCUAAGUUAGCUUGUUGGCUAGCGUUAGCUAAACGUGUCUUCGGGAAACUUUUUUGGCGUUGUUCUCCGCAACUCAAAACAGUGAGAGAGUUUUUGCUAGCCGAGAGGGGAAGGGCAGGUUCCCUUCUGGACUUUCCCCCCUCCACUCAUUAUCCUAACAUGAUGGCUGCGGAGGUCAGCAGUGAGGAUACGGGUUCGGUCUCGACAGGGACGGGGGUGGCAGGCGGCGGAGGCCCGGAGACGGCCCAUUUCCCGAACUAUUCCAAGUCGACCAGGGUGCAAGUCAGUGAUUUGGGACAAGGGGCAACACAAAACCUCCGCCAAAAUUCAAACACUUCUCCGGACUCUAUCCUCGAUAUGAGCCCGAUCUAUCCCAUGUCUGGGGGAGAUACGACCGGGUCAGUGCCGGCCACAACAGGGAGUGGCGCAGGUGGCGGACAUUCACUUAUCCUAGGAGCAAGCUCAGGGACCGUGGGAGGCAUGUGCUGUUCUCCCACCUCGGAGGGUCCAGGCAGCCGGAUGUCACCAACAUCUACAGGUCCGGACGGGCCCACUGUCUUACCUCAACUGCCACCCCUUCCUCCCCCGCCGCAAGGCUAUGGGGGACUUGGCACUGUUGACGAAAGCGACAUGCAAGAUGGACCGGAGUACGAGGAGGAAGAGGUUGUGUUCCCCCUUUCAGCACCGCCCACCAACCAGUGGUACCAUGGCAAGCUGGACCGGACCAUUGCUGAGGAACGUCUGCGACAGGCCAGGACCCCUGGCAGCUACCUCAUCAGGGAGAGUGACCGCCGGCCUGGUUCCUUUGUCCUGUCCUUCCUAAGCAUGACCAGUGUGGUCAACCACUUCAGGAUAAUUGCCAUGUGUGGAGAUUAUUACAUUGGUGGGCGGCGGUUCUCAUCCCUGUCUGACCUGAUUGGUUACUACAGCUAUGUAUCUUGCCUCCUGAAAGGAGAAAAGCUGCUAUCGCCAGUGGCGCCCCCAGAGCCCGUAGAGGACAGAAGGAGAGUAAGGGCCAUACUUCCAUACACCAAAGUGCCAGAAACUGAUGAAAUCAGCUUCCUGAAAGGGGACAUGUUUAUCGUUCACAAUGAACUGGAUGACGGCUGGAUGUGGGUGAAAAAUGUACGCACAGAGGAGCAGGGCCUGAUUGUGGAGGAUUUGGUGGAGGAGGUGGGGCGGGAGGAGGAUCCACAUGAGGGCAAAGUCUGGUAUCAUGGGAAGAUCAGCAAGCAAGAGGCCUACAACCUGCUGAUGACAGUUGGCCAGGUGUGCAGUUUCCUGGUCCGCCCGUCAGAUAACACACCUGGGGACUACUCCCUCUUUUUUCGCACCAAUGAAAACAUCCAAAGGUUUAAAAUCUGUCCUACUCCCAACAAUCAGUACAUGAUGGGGGGAAGGUACUAUAACAGUGUUGAUGACAUCAUUGACCAUUAUAAGAAAGAGCAGAUUGUCGAAGGCUACUAUCUGAAAGAAGCUGUGUCCGUGCAGCACCAGGAACAAGUCCUAACUGACACAGAUGGAAAAGAAAUCUACAACACUAUCAGACGGAAAACAAAAGACGCUUUCUAUAAAAACAUUGUCAAGAAAGGCUACCUCCUAUUCAACAAAGGCAAAGGCAAGCGAUGGAAGAACCUGUACUUCAUUCUGGAGGGGAAUGAUGCCCAACUCAUUUACUUUGAGAGUGAGAAGAGAGCCACUAAACCCAAAGGGCUGAUCGACCUAAGUGUGUGCUCUGUAUAUGGUGUGCAUGACAGUCUGUUUGGCAGGCCAAACUGUUUCCAGAUUGUGGUCCAGCACUUUAGUGAGGAACAGUACAUAUUCUACUUUGCAGGAGAGGCUCCAGAGCAGGCACAGGAUUGGAUGAAAUGCCUUCAGACAUUCUGCAGUAACUUAAGGAAACCCACUCAGCCCACCUCGAACAAGAGACUCAGACAGGUGAGCAGCCUGGUCCUCUAUGUAGAGGAGGCCCACAAACUGCCAGUGAAGCACUUCACUAAUCCGUACUGUAACAUAUAUCUGAACAACGUCCAAGUGGCUAAGACGCACCCCAGGGAAGGUCAGAACCCAGUCUUCACUGAAGAGUUCAUCUUUGAUGAUUUGUCGAGCGAAAUCAACAGAUUCGAAAUUAGCCUGAGCAACAAGACAAAAAAGAGCAAAGAAAGUGACAUCUUGUUCAUGUGCUGCCAGCUGAGCCGACUGCAGAAGGGCCAGAUGAUUGAUGAGUGGUUCCCUCUCAGCUCUCACGUGCCGCUGAAGGGCAUCGAACCAGGUUCCUUGCGUGUCCGUGCCCGCUAUUCCAUGGAGAAGAUCAUGCCUGAGGAGGAGUACAACGAGUUCAAAGAGAUGAUCCUACAGAAAGAGUUUCAUGUGAUCUAUGCCUUGGCCCAUGUGUGUGGUCAGGACCGCACCCUGCUGGCCAGCCUCCUGCUGCGCAUCUUCAGACAUGAGAGGGCUGAGGCCCCCCUACUCAGGACACUCAAUAACAGAGAGAUCAACAUGGAGGAUGAGGCAACAACAUUGUUCAGAGCGACCACGCUUGCCAGCACAUUGAUGGAGCAGUACAUGAAGGCUACGGCCACGCCUUUUGUUCAUCAUGCACUCAAGGACACCAUCCUCAAGAUCAUGGAAAGCAAACAGUCCUGCGAGUUGAACCCUUCCAAAUUAGAGAAGAAUGAGGAUGUAAAUCUAAACCUAGCCCAUCUCCUCAACAUCCUGUCUGAACUGGUGGAGAAGAUCUUCAUGGCUGCUGAGAUCUUGCCUCCGACCCUAAGGUUCAUAUAUGGCUGCCUGCAGAAGUCGGUCCAGCAGAAAUGGCCCACUAACACCACCAUGAGGACCAGAGUCGUCAGUGGCUUUGUCUUCCUACGACUGAUUUGUCCCGCCAUCCUCAAUCCCAGAAUGUUCAACAUUAUUGCUGAUCCUCCUUCUUUAACAGCAGGCAGGACCCUCACCCUGGUGGCCAAGUCAGUCCAGAACCUGGCCAACCUGGUGGAGUUUGGUGCCAAGGAACCCUACAUGGAGGGAGUAAACCCUUUCAUCAAAAACAACAAACAUAGGAUGAUCAUGUUUCUGGAUGAGUUGGGGAAUGUCCCUGACCUCCCUGAAGCCACAGAGCACUUUAGAACAGACCUGUCCCGGGACCUGGCCGCGCUGCAUGAGGUCUGUGCCACACAUUCUGAUGAGCUCCGGACCCUGAGCAACGAGAGGGGAGCACAGCAGCAUGUGCUGAAAAAGCUGCUGGCCAUCACAGAGCUCCUCCAGCAGAGGCAGGCUCAUUAUGCCAUGUCCAACAGCAACAGGUAGUACCGCCCUCCUCCUCUCCUCUGUCCUUCCAUCUCUCCGUCAAGUCUCCUCCUCCAGAGUGCAGCACACGGAGGGGACCUAGCAUGCUCUACCCUCAUCACCAUGGCAACCCCACCUCCACCACCCUUGGUCAUAUCCUCCUCUGGUAGCCCCGCCCAUUCCCACCCACUAUUUUGUCUUUCAUCGCCACAACAGAGCUAUGCAAGAACAGCAGCUGAACACAAGUGCAGACGCAGUACCUAUAAACACAAAAACUUGCACCAGAGACUCUAACUGAUGUAUGAGCAAGAUUUUUUUUUUCCUUUUCCUUCUCAUAAACUGUGUUCAUUAUUCUGUGACUUGGGUACAUUUCAUUCCCUUCAUCACAAGGGCCAACUAUUAAGAUUUCACGAAGAAGCUCCAUAGUGCCCACAUUGUGUUUUCACAGCACAGGUUGCCAAAGUGUAUUCCCUGCCCUGAGGAAAGUUAACUGACAUGAAGCUAGCUAGCUCUCCCUCUUUCUUAUAACUGGAUUAUGAGCGAUAAUGCUUUUUAUACUGUAAUUAGUGACUGAUUUAUUUUAUGGUUGAGACAAUAUCCACAGAAGUGCUGAAACUAGCAUUUGUCUUUGUUCUGUUCUUUUUCUUCCUUUGUUUUCUAGAUUGGAAAAAAUUCAUAAAGUAUGAUUAUUUUAUAUCAAGAAGAAUUUCUCUUGCUGGAAUCAUGAGUAUAUAAUUGAGAAGAGCCAAUUUUUUUUCCUCCAAUUGUAUCAGCAUUUUUUUUUUGAUUGUUUGGUUCAGUCCUUGAAACUUGCCAGUGCCAGACAAGACUCAUAAUUAGAGAAACCAAGUAAAUGAAAGUGUUUACAGCAGUAAUUUUUUUUUUGGAAUAGUACAGAUUGUAUCAGACAUGCAUGCACUUAUUAAACCGUUUUUUUUGUAAAGUAGAUAAUGGAGUCAUUCAUUGUCCCCAGACAGAAGUGGAGAAAUACUGUGUGUGUAUGCAGAU